GAGGUUCGUCCGCGUGGAAAGAAGGGUUGCUGGCAGGUCGCUAAUCGCCUCAGCAGUCAGUUCUGCCUCGCGUUCCGUCGCGCGUAGAUCGGCCUCCAAGCUCCAAGUUGAGAUUCUCGAACGUUCGCGAGUGGAAGCAAAAACUUCUAGUUCUGGAUAAAGGCAGGAUUGCUGGUGUAGUGCUGUGCCGGAAACUUUCCUUUGUAAAAAGAGUGCAUAUUUGCUAGUGCAAGUCCUUUGCAGGAAGUGAGUUUGUGCCGAUUGAGGAGUUUUAGAUUUAUUUUAUUCUGAAUAAGUCGAAUACAGGAAGAGCAAUUCAGUUGGAUUACAGCAUCGUUGACGACAACAUCAUCACCGAACCCAGACAGAAUCAAUAAAUUAGCACUUGAGCUGUCGUCUGGACAAACAACAACUCCUCCAGCCAACAUCCCAGAAGAGUACCAACCACCACCAGCGGCACCAUGACCACCACCCGGGUAAUAAUGAGCUUCCCGUGGGGAAGCAGCAGCAACGGCACCAAGGACAGCAGCGAAAAACAAAAGUGCGACCCUAUCCUCUCGGACACGGGCGUGACCGAGGCCGUGAUGAAGGUCGCUCGCAAGGAACUGCGCGAGGACAAAGCCAUCCGCGAGCAGUCGCUGGAGCAGAUGCGCGAGUGGCUCCGCCAGAACAAGGACGUCGAGAACGUGCGCACGGACGACAUUUUCCUGUUGAAGUUUUUGCGCACGAAAAAGUUCAGCGUGUUCAUGGCCCAGCAAAUGCUGCUCAAGUACCUGAACUUGCGCAAGAUCCACAUGCACCUGAUGUGCGAUCUGGACUUUUUGUCGCCCAACUUGAACAAACUGAUCAACAGCGGGUACAUGUUUUCCUCGCCGGUGAGGGACAAGCACGGCAGACGGGUGAUCAUCGGAUUUGCACAGAACUUCAACCCGGCGGAACACACCAGCGCGGACAUGUCCCGGGUCAACUUCAUCACGUACGAGACGCUUCAGGAGGACCCCCAGAACCAGAUCCUCGGCUUCACGCACAUCGGAGACUUCAAGGGCAUCACAACGGCGCACGUGUCCUGCUGGAACCCGACCGAGUUCCUGCGCAUGAUGAAGUGGGGUGAACAGUCGGUUCCGAUGCGCCACAAGGAGGUCCACCUGGUGAACGUGCCGUCCGCGGUCAAGUACGUGAUCGAAGCCAGCAAGUCAAUCACGAGCAAAAAGAUGCGCGAUCGUCUCCAGGUCCACGUUACAGUCCAAGACCUGUGCAAGAAGGUCGACACGGCCUGCCUGCCGAAGGAGCUCGGUGGCCAAAUCCCGAUGGUGGAUAUGAUCGAAAGCUGGAAGCAGGAGCUGGCCGCCAAGCGGAACGCACUGCUCGCGCUGGACAACAUGAAGAUCCUCAGCGAUCGGAGCAUCAUCUCGCGCAACGGAACGGAUCGCAACAACAACAACAGCGGAACCACCCCGGGCCUGGAGACCAUGACCGGAAACUUCCGGAAGCUGGAGGUGGACUAGUGGAUUCGUGGAAGUCACACUGUGUGUAUAUGAUACUAUUAGGCAAUAAGUGUGUGCGCGAGUGUACAACGAGCUGCUGCAGGAAAAAAAACACGCAAUUUCACCCCCAAACUAAAGGAGAGAGCUUUAGUUGUUUCUUUUUGGUUUUAUGUAUAGCUGAAUCAAUAUAAUUACACCAAUAAAUAUCAUUAUUCUAUAGGGA